AUGGUUGCUACGGACGCGACAGCCUGGGACGAGGAAUAUGACACCAUCGGCGUCGGUUCUGGUAUCGGAGGCCUUUCCACGGCCAUCACCGCGGCGGAGCGUGGGGCAAAAGUUCUUGUGAUUGAGAAGUUCGAACUGUUAGGCGGAGUGUCAGCUUUGUCGUCAGGACAGCUAUGGCCAGGCCCGAAUCACUUGGCCGAAGCAGCCGGCAUCCACGACAGCCCAGAAAAGGCAAAAGAGUACAUCGAUUACCUUGGACAAGGACAUGCAUCCCCUUACGUCCGCGACCAAUAUUUGAUCAGGUCGAAGGAAUGCUUGAAGUACUUCGACGAGAAGAUUGGCAUUCACAUGAGCGUCAUCAGAGGCUUACCUGAUUACUACUAUCCAGAAGUUCCCGGAUCAGCACCAGAAGGUCGCUACAUCGAAACCAUACCCUUUCCAGCCGCCAAACUCGGCGAAUAUCAAAAGAAGGUUCUAACCUCUCCUUACGGAGCGUACUACAGUUACACAACUUCCAACGAGUGGGUUGAGAUGCAGGCGGGCGGAGAGAGCCUCGGGUCUUGUAUUCGACGGCAUCUUGCCAAUGAUGAACGAUGCGCAGGAGCAGGGAUGGCGGCUGCACAAGUCUCUGCGGCCCUACAGCGCGGGGUGGAGUUUCGUACAUCUACGGAAGUCGUCGAGCUUGUGACUGAGGAUUCACGUGUUGUGGGAGUGAUAGCGCGAGACUCCUCUGGGACACGUCGCAUUCGAGCUCGUCUGGGAGUCAUGCUCGCCACGGGUGGCUACGACUGGAAUCGACGGUUCGUCGGUAGCUAUGAUGCUCUCCCAGUGGCCGGAACUAUGGCCCUGCCUACUGUUACUGGUGACCACAUUGUGCUUGCUUCGAAGGUGGGAGCAAUUCCACUGCCAUCACGGGCCCCAGGCCAGUCCCCAAUCUUUGUGGGCUAUAAAGUUCCGACCGAGAAGAUCUAUGGCAGAGGCCCGGCGUAUCGACUCUGGGUCCCUGGACGACCGCAUUCGAUCAUAGUCAACUUUAAAGGGAAGCGCUUCUCCCAGGACUCUUUCUAUCCUGAUGUGGUGACCAAAGUAUCGCGAUUCGAUGGGCAAGAGGACGGCAUGGUGAAUUGGCCGGCCUGGAUUGUCUUCGACCAAAGAAUGCUCAAUAGCCGAGGAAUGCCGCCUGCUCCGCCUGGUCAGCCACUUCCUGCAGGCAUGGCCAUUGAGGCCGACACUAUACCUGAACUGGCUGUGAAAGCGGGUAUCGAGCCGAAGGGCCUACAGACAACGAUCGAACGCUUCAACAAGAUGUGCAGCGACGGUGUGGAUGAGGAUUUCAAAAGUGGAAGCAACCCGUGGGGCCGCCUCAUGGCUGGGGAUCCUGGGCUGAAAAAUCCCAAUAUGGCUCCGAUAUCUCAAGCCCCGUUCUACGCGGUAAGACUCGAACGAGUUACGAUGGGAGUGCCGACUGCUGGUCUACCAAUCGAUGGGGAUGGACGUGUGGAAAAUAGUGCUGGUGGGAUUGUUCCCGGACUUUAUGCCGCUGGCAAUUCAGCAGCAUGGGGAGACUGGGGAGGCGGUUUCAACAGUGGCAUCGCGGGCAUGCGUGGCUUGCUAUACGGCUACCGUGCGGCGUUACAUAUGACUGCCACGUAA